AUGAACGAUCUUGUUGGCUCUCAUACCGCAUCGAUUCAAAAAUUGGAGAUGCAAAUGAGAGACCCCUCUAGGGAGCAAAAUCCAAAGCAAAUGGGAACACUCCAUAGUGACACAAUUGCGAACCAAAAGGGUAGUGGGAGUGGCCGAACUUGUCAUGUCAUGGUAAUUACUAAUAGGAGUGGGAAGGUACUACAAGGAGAGGGUGAACAAGUGGUUGAGAAAGAAGAGUUCGAGAAAGAGGUUGGGGUUGAAGAGCCAAGUGUUGUCGAAAUUGAGAAAAUUUCAGAAAAUGCGCAAGUGCAAGAAGAGAAUCGGGAAACGGUAAAGGAAAAGAAAGAGGACCCGGGAGCUUUUACCAUUCCUUGUACCAUCGGGGUACAUGAUUUUGCAAGAACUCUUUGUGAUAAUGGAGCGAGCAUCAACUUUAUGCCUCUUUCCAUUUACAAGAAAGUAGGAUUAUGCAUGCCAAGGCCCACAAGUAUGAUAUUGCAAAUGGUCGAUCGUUCCAUCAAACGCCCGGUGGGAAUUGUUGAUGAUGUACUUGUGAAGGUGGGAAAAUUUCAUUUACAUGCCGACUUCGUAAUCCUUGAUUGUGCAGUUGACAAAGACAUCCCUAUCAUCUUGGGGAGACCAUUACUUGCCACGGGAAGAGCACUCAUGGAUUCAGAACGGAAUGAGAUUAAAUUUUGUGUGAAUGAUGAAGAGGUUACAUUCCAAGAAAGCAAGGGUAUGAAACUACCGCAUGAGUAUGAAAGCAUCUUGGUGAUCGAUGUUGUUGAUGAAGUAGAGGAUGCAGUUGAAAUGAAAAUGGAAGAACAAUUCCUCGGCGAAGCAUUGGUAGCUAUCUUGGUUAACUUUGAUGAAAAGCUCUCUCUCGACUUGGAGAAUAGAGCCACACCUCCCGCAAAGCCAUCUAUUAUUGAGCUACCACAACUAGAGCUCAAACCACUUGCACCGCACUUGAGGUAUAAAUUUCUUGGCUCAAAUGAUACUUUAUCGGUAAUUGUUUCUUCUUUGUUGAAUGAUGUGCAGGUAGAACGGUUGUUGGAAGUCUUGAAGGAGCAUAGGCAAGCCAUUGGAUGGACAAUUGCGGACAUCCGUGGGAUUCUCGCGUGA